CGCCUACAUCGGGUACUUUCAUCAUUCAUUGUGUGGAUAUCACAAUAUCAUAACGGUAAUUUAUUUAUAUUUCAAACAAGAUUGAAAAAGAAGACAGAACUAGAUUGAAAUCAUGAAAACACUGCACGUAAUUUAUACUGUAAUUGCUGUCAGUGUUUUAACAGUCAAAACUGCUGCUUCACCAGUGCUGCCGAUUCUUGGGACAGCAAAGGAUGUAAUGUCGUUUGGAUUAGAUGUAUACUCCUUUUUCGACUCUAUCUUAGGAGAAGAUGAGACAAACAGUACCCCAGCACCUAUUGAUUAUGACAGGAUAAUUAAAAGAACUUCGGAGAGAAUAAAAAUGUCAACAGAAACCAUCGUUUCAAUAUCUGAGCUGCAUGCGUAUCUCUCGGAAUUACGAAACGUUGCUUACACUGUCGAACAACUUCUUAUACAGAUGGAGGGCAUGAUCAAAGCUAAAUCUAAAGACACAAGAGAAGAGUUGCAGAGAAGAUUUCGCGAUAAUUUUGAGAGGCAGAAAACUGAAAUUUAUAAAGUUAAAAGCCUAUUGACAUUCAAAGUCGAGGUAUCGGGAAUAUCAAGUACAUUGCUGUCACUUAUUGCUAAUGAAUUUAAAUGCAGGAUGACUAGUCUCGAAGAGUUUCAAAAUUAUUAUAUGGCACUGGUUUCGGAUGUAGUUGCACUGGAUCUAUUAAAUGAAAAACUCUCAGAGAGAAAUCUUUAUAAUGAAGCUGUUGGAUCAUGGGAAACGGCAGUAGAAUCUCUGUUUGAUGACAUGGAAGUACCGAAAAACGCAUGUAGAGCAAACUUCGUUGAAUUAGCAAUGGAAGACAUCAGUCGAAUCAAUGAUCCCUCUGAACUUUUUGAAAAUCUCCAAGAUAAAUACUCAAACCGUGGAACAGACGUUCUACAUCUCAGCGGAAGUUAUUGUGUGUGGAGUCUAAAAGCUUAUGAUAAAAUACUACAGAAGGUGAAAGACAAUAAUAUGACUUUUGUUUUUAUGAGUGGAGAGGAGAAUGUGCAGUCUGUAACCUCAAGGCAGUUUCAAAAAAUUGUAUCGGUGGCAAGGUUUGAGAACUGUAUCGACGAUAAAGAUACUACCAAAGUCAUAUCUUACUUUGAUGUUUUAGACAAAGAUCUAGUCUUUUGGCUAAUGUAUCCACAAGACCAGGAUGCUGAAUUCCAGAUUUUGCUCGGUCAAAAUUCAACUGCGGAAACAAUAACCACUGAAUCAGACGGUACCAAAUACAGGACAGUUGUUUACUUACGAGCACAGGACCACAGUACAAUUUCGACCCUCACCGCUGAUGAUUUUGAUUUAAAAUUUUAUGAAAAGGCUGUGUCAGUAGGUGUAUCGUCUGAUUUGAAGACGUGGCAGCUGGGCGUUAUCAUCGGAGUUUUAGUUUCUGUGGUCGUAAAUUAGAAUUGUACUUCUUUGCAAAUGAUAUUGUCGUCGUCGAUAUUAACUUUGUGGCUUUUUAAUUGUACUGCUCUAAAUAUGUUGCUGUUGUUAUUCAAUGACUUAAGUUGCCACAUUUGAAAAGUCUUUUACAAGUUAUAAGAUGUUUUAUUGAACACGUUAUGACCCGGAUACUCGGGAUACAAUGCUCUGUUUGCCGUUUUCUGUUAAAAUGUGACCUACGGAACGAUAGGGAAUUCGUAAGGUAGCGUCUAACGCUUUAUUCUAACAAAACCCGAUAUGUAUUUCUUUACUUUUAGGCAAUGAAGACUGAAACAAAUCAUUGCUUGUACGUCACAAUUAUAACGUGUUAUGGUCAAACGUCAAUGCGGCUCGCUGAAAACAUACGCACGCACGCACACACGCAUGCAUGCACACGCACACACAGACACACAGACACACACACAUGAAAACCAAAGCUUCUUGAGCAGUGGUGAUUCCUAUUGAAUACUGCUUUUUCGUUUUCGAAGCUUUAUUUGCAGCUCCAGCCCUAAUUUACUACGGCGCCACGUUAGUGUUUCUAUUAAGCUUCUUAUCAUUAUUGACAUUCCUUUGUACAAUAUCCACACUACAAGUAUUUCAAGACUGCGUCUAAAUUGGGUCGAUGUGUUUUAAAGAGAUGUAAAAAUAUGAUUGUAAGGGAUUAAUCAUAUUAUAGCCAACACAGUAAUUUGGUUUAAUCUCAUUAUGUUAUAGUCCAUUAAAACAAUAGUUGCAUGUUUGUGAUGAAAACAUUUCACCAUUUUUGUAAAUAUUGUAUAUAAGUAUGUGUAUGCUCUUUAUGAUAUUAGCGGUAAUCGUUUGUCAACGAUAUCAAAUUAUCCAGUUUUCACUAAACCUCGUAAUUAUAGGUUAUAGGUUGAAUACAGCAGUUUUAAGAUAUUAACUUCGAACGAGCGCUAGCAAAACGAGAAAUUACUAUCUUAAAAGUGCUGUAUUCAACUUAAAACCGUCUUACAAUUAGCCCUACCCAGUGUAACAUGUAACUAUUAAAUUUAAUACAUACAGUUGAUGUGACAACUGUAUGUGAAAUGGAAUGGCCAGAUUUGGACGAAAUGAAGCAAUUAUUUUGGCAAAGCAACUUGGGCGAACUGUGACAGUGUUUAUAUUUACCUGUAAGAUCAAAUUCGUUUAAAAGAAAAUAAAACGGAUUUGUUGAUUAACAAUAACAUGUUCUUAUCAGAUUCUGAUAAUAUUUAUUCCUACAUUAAAGCACAUAUUGUUGCUCAUUCACAAAUGAAAGUGAGACUCAUUAGAUAAAAUGUCAAACAUUUUAAAAAUACCCAAAGGUGAUCACCGUGAUGGAUUUUAUUCAACUGUGGUGGUAAUACGCAAGUAUGAAGAACUUGUCAAGCUGUUUUCUUCGUUUAAGUCAAGGUGAGAAUUAUCUGUUAUGUUUAUACUAACAAAUAGGAUAAGUGUCAACACAUAAAAUACUUACAGUACAGUGCGUUUCAUAAUUUGGAAAAAUAGCGUGAUGUCCCGAUGUAUAGCUUCUAUAACAACGUUUUGGAGACCCGCCUCUUCUGCAGUAUUGUAACUUGCUAUUUGGUCAUAUCAUGCUUAAAUAACAACAAAAUGGAAUGCGAUAUCAAAAUAGACAAUUUUAUUCAUUCCGUUCCAGCUACGUUUAAACGUAGGAGCUGUUAUUGGAAUGAACAUUAUGUUUUGCUCAGCUGAGCACAAAGUGCUCGGGGUGAGCUAUUGUGAUCGCUCAGCGUCCGGCGUCCCUCCGUCCGUCAACACUUUCCUUUAAACAACAUUUCCUCCUGAACAGCCAGGCUAAUUUUGAUGAAACUUCACAGGGAUGUUCCUUUGAUUGUCUUCCUUAAAAAUUGUUCAAGGAAUUAAAUUUCAUGCAGAUCAAUAGUUGCCAUGGCAACUGAAAGGAAAAGCUUUAAAAAUCUUCUUGUCCAAAACCAAGGGUCCUAGGGUUUUGAUAUUUGGUAUGUAGCAUUAUCCAGUGGUUCACUACCAAGAAUGUUCAAAUUAUCCCCCUUGGAUUCAGAUGGCCCCCGCCCUGGGGGUCACAUGAUUUAUACAAACUUAUAUAGGGGAAAAAUUAAAACAUUUCUUGUUCAAAACCACAGGGCCUAGGGCUUUGAUAUUUGGUAUGUUGCAUCAACUAGUAGUCCUCUACCAAGAUUGUUAAAAUAAUCCCCCAAGGGUCAAUUAUGGCCCCGCCCUGGGAGUCAGGAUGUUUUAUAAAGACUUAAUAGGGAAAAACUUUAAUUAUCAUCUUGUCCAAAACCACAGAGUCAAGGCCUUUGGUAUUUUGUAUGUAGCAUCAUCUAGUGGUCCUCUACCAGGAUUUUUUCAAAUUAUCCCCCUAUGGUCAAAUAUGGCCCUGCCGUGGGGUGGGGGGGGGGGUGGGGGAGGUCACACGAUUUAUAUGGGGUAAACUUUGAAAAUUCUUGUACAAAACAACACGUCAUAGGGCUUCGAUGUUUUGUAUGUAGCAUUGUGUGGUGAUCCUAUACCAAGACUGUUCAAAUUAUCCCCGUGAGGCUAGAACCGGCUCCGCCCCGGGGGCACAUAGUUUAAAUAGACUUGUAAGGGGAAAAAACUUUUAACAAAUAUUGUCUUAAACCAUAUGGCCAAGAGCUUAGAUAUUUAGCAUGUGGCAUCUCUAGUGGUUCUCUACCAAGAAUGUUCAAAUCAUGACCAUGGAGUCAAUAUAUGCCGCGCCCAGGGGGGUCCCUUGUUUUACAUUGACUUAUAUAGGGAAAAAUAUAUAAAAAUAUUCUUGUCCAGAGCCAUAAGGUCCGGGCCUUAGAUAUUUGGUUUGUGGCAUGCUGUAGAGGUUCUCUACCAAGAUUGUUCAAUUAAUGACUCUGUGAUCAAUAUAGGCCACGCCCGAAUGGUCGCUUUUUUACAUGGACGUAUUUGUUUUUGAAACAAUGGCAAAGAAAUUUGGACCAGAAGUAUAGUUUUCGAUACAGAUUUAAAUACUCAACUUGAAUAGUCUUAAUCAUGACCUACUGACCUACCUUUUUGUUUUUGAAGGUACAUGUACAGCGUAGAAAGUUGGACCACAUGUGUAACCUGUAAUACAGAUUUCAAUACUCAUCUUAAAUAGUCUUAAUCAUGACCUACUGACCUACUUUUUUUUUGAAGGUACAGCAUAGAAAUCUGGACCAUGUUUAAAACGUUUGAUACAGAUUUUAACAUUUAUCUUUAAUAUUCUUAACCUUGACCUACUAACCUACUUUCUUGUUUUUGAAGCUACAGCAAAGAGAUUUGGACCACCUGUAUAAUAUCUGAAACAGAUUUCAAUUCUCGUCUUUAAUAGUCUUAAUGUUGACACACUGACCUACUUUCUUGUUUUCAAAGAUACAGCGUAGAAAUUCGGAUCACAUGUAUAAUUUUUAUACAGAUUUCAAUGCUCAUCUUAAGUAGUCUUAAUCAUGACCUACUGACCUACUUUUUUAAGGUACAGCAUAGAAAUUCUGACCAUCUGUAUAAUGCUUUAUUCAUAUAUAUACAGUAUUACUCAUCUUAAAUAGUUUAAAUCAUGACCUACUGACACACAUUCUUGUUUUUGAAGGUAUAGCAAAGAAAUUAGGACCACGUAUAAAACUUUUGAUACAGAUUUUAAUAUUCAUCUUUAAUAUUCUUAAUCUUGACCAACUGACCUUAUUUUUAGUUUUUGAAGCUACCGCAAAGAGAUUUGGACCACCUGUAAAUGUUUGAUACAGAUUGCCUAUUAAGUCACAGCAAAGAAAUUUAGACCACUUGUAUAAUGUUUGAUACAGAAUUCAAUACUUAUCUUGAAUAGUCUUAAUCGUGACCUAAUGACCUUACUUCUUGUUUUUGAAGGUACAGCGUAGAAUUUAGACCACAUGUGUAAUUUUUGAUACAAAUUUCAAUACUCAUCUUAAAAAUCUUAAUCAUGGCCUACUGACCUACAUUCUUGUUUUUAAAAGGUACAUCAUAGAUAUUUGGACCAUGUUUUAAAACGUUUGAUAAGGAUUUUAAUAUUUAUCUUUAAUAAGCUUAACCCUGACCUACUAACCUACUUUCUUGUUUUUGAAGCUACAGCAAAGAGAUUUGGACCAUCUGUAUAAUGUUUGAUAUAGAUUUCAAUUCUCUUCUUUAGUAGUCUUAACCUUGACCUAAUGACCUACUUUCUCGUUUUCUAACUUACAACAAAGAAAUUUGGAUCACAUGCAUAAUGUUUGAUACAGAUUUAAAUGUUCAUCUUGAUUAGUCUUUAUUAUAACCUACUGACCUUCUUUCUUGUUUUUGAAGGUACAGCAUAGAAAUUUGGACCAUGUUUACAACUAUUGAUACAGAUUUGAAUCUGCAUCUUUCAUAUUUUUAAUCUUGACCUACUGACCAUUUCUUUUGUUUUCGAAGCUAUGGAAAAGAGAUUAGAAUUAGACACCAUGUAUAUUUUUUCAUAAAUUUCAAUAGUUACUUUGAUAAUCUUUACCAUGACCUAUUCACCUUUUCUUUAGAAGAGAAAUUUGUUCAAGCAAGCAACUAAACUCACGUGAGCGAUAUAGGGCCAUCAUGGCCCUCUUAUUUAAUGUUGUUUCCUAAUUGUAUGUUCCAUUACUGCUAAUGUAAAUUUAUCACAUAUUUAAUAUGUUUCUGAUGUAUCAGUGGCGGUAUAAAUCAUUCUUAUUGCAUUCAUUUUGUUUGUGUAUAUGAUAUUAUAUAUGUAUAUAUACCGUGUGAUAACAAGAUGCAAUAUUUUCACGAGUGGUGUAAUGAAAGAAAUAAAAGACAUUUGUUUCUUUCAGUGUAAUAAAGAAAUUCGUCAUCGAUAAAGAACACGAUUCAAUAUUAUCUCGAGGGCAAAGCCCCUGUUUUAUCGUGACAACGCGACUUGCAACUUGUGAGUAUGCUGUGAUGUAAUAAAAGGUUAUUUUAAUGUACCGAAACUUGUUGGGUUGUGGGUAUGUCGUGUUAUCUUUUUGAGAUGUAAUGAUGAAAUAGUUCUGUAAAUCUAGAUUGUAUCUGUAAAUGUAUAGAUAUUCUUGUGUUAAAAUUCCUUGUAUUAUAUGUAUUAUUCCAUCCUAUGUAUUAUAUCAUGUAAAAUGUGGUCGUCAUAGAUUUAUGCACUUUUGAAGACGUAUAACUAAAUAAUAUGUUCACAUGCCGUUAUUUGUCUAUAGUCUACAAAUAAUGAACAGUUCAAAGUCAAAAUGGAAACCAAAACAAAAAAUACACCAUGCAGACAUCGCUGAAUGGGUCACAUUUGUUUACAUAAACGCCAUAUUGGCAGGACGUUGCUAAUCAAACAUCUGCCGUUAGCUGUCAAUUUUGUAGGUUCAAAGAUUAAUACUUUAGAACGACUUACUAUAAAGUGCAGAUCUGCCAGAUCAUUUCAGGAAGAUAUUGAUAUGAAAUACAUUUGACAGAUUCAUUCGAAAAAAUAUAUCUGGACAUUGAUAUAAAAAAAAGCGUUUGUGAGACAACGAUGUGAAUUAAAUAUGGUAUUUCCUUAAGACAUAAAAGCCAUUUGGGGCAACCACAAUGAAAAAAGAUGAAAAUUUUGACCAGUUUCGUUUCUGGAUCCAAAUGAAGUUUUGAAUAUCUUGGUCUACAAAAGACAUACUUUAAGUAGUGUGUAAACUUUUAAAAACUCAUUUAUUUGGAAAUUUUGCAUGCCAAAAUUUGCAUAUGAGCAGUGCAUUUUCGUCUUCAAAUCAAAUACAUCUUGAAAUUACUCCGGCUAUCUUUUAUCAAGCAAUGGGGAUAUGAUUUCUGUCGUUUUUAAUAAAUUAUUUUUUCAUGAAAUGUAGACAAUCUUUUGCAUUAGUCCAAAGCGUUAUUCUAUAUUCAUUUACACUUUCAUUUAUAUUCCAAUAACAGAAAGAACAAUCAUUAUUUUUUGCUCUAUUUUGGGCUAAUACUUUUAAGUUAUUUGUCAUGAACUUUAGACAGAUUUGACUCAAGUUGAAAUUCGUGAUACGUUUUCUUUAAGAAAACUCAAAAAUUAUCAGAAUUUGUCUGAAAGUAAAUUAGUAAAUUUUCAAAGUUUUAAGGCAUGUCCUUGCUUUGAAAUAUUGUUCUGCCGACACUCCUGUCUAGAACCGGGGACAGUUGCUGAGUUCGGUGAAGACAUGUAUCUAUAUCUCUACCAAAGAACACAAGAGAAUCGAUACUUCAUGCACAAAAAUUGCAAGGCGUGACGGUCAUUUUUUCCAAAUUCGUUUCUAACAUAAGGUUUUGAUAACAAAUUUAUUUUGUUUCAUUUACUGAAUUUUAUUAAUAAACAAAUAAAUGACAUUUAUCAGCCAUUUUUGUUACGAAUAUUUGUAUUUUGUGUUGUAUAUUAUUCCAGGACCAUAAAUAAAUUAAUCACCAUUUA